AUGAAUGACCGGCUUCAAAAGCUUGGGCUUCAAUGUUAUGCCUUUUAUAUUUCAGCAAGAAACUCUCACAUAACACAGAUUUCUGCAACAUCUGACAAAGGUUCUAUCAACACAUAUGUACUUCCAAAGAAACCAAUAACACCUAAGGCACAGGAAAUAACAGGGAUCAAAGUUGAAGGGAGCAAGAUGUUUUGCCAUGACAAGGAAGUGAAAUCUGUUGGCAUCAAAGAGGCUUUAAAGAUGUUAAUAUUAUUUUUAGCACAAUACAAGAAAAAUGUAAUUAUAGGUCAUAACAUCAAGUCAUAUGACUUACCAGUGCUGUUUUGUGCUUUAAAUAACUGUUCAAUUAUGAAUGAAUUUUCAUGUUCCAUUCUUGGAUUUUUAGACACACUACAACUUUUUAAAUCUUUGUUACCUGGAUUAACCUCAUAUGCACAAUCAAAUUUCUACAAUACAGUAUUAAAUGAAACAUAUGACGGUCAUGAUUCAAUGGAGGACGUUGUUGCUUUGAGUCGUCUUUUCCAUCACUUGGCUCCAUCAACAGAAGCAAAACAAUUGUCAUCUUUUUCCAUUGAUUCAGCUGCAAGGAGAUAUGACCACAACCAGAAAACAAAACUACUUCUCCCUACUUUGACACCUCUUACAGAGAAGAAAGUAAUUACACUAAGAACUGCAAAUGUAAUAGCAGCAAGUGGCAUGUCUUUUUCUCACCUACGCAUUUCAUAUGCAAGAGAUGGCCGCCAAGGAAUAGAAGAUGUUCUGAAAGAGGAGGAUGUAAAUGGAAAAGUGCGUGUUACCAAAUCAAAGAAGAUAGUUGAUGCCAUAUCAGACUUUUUCAAAAGUUUAAAACCAGAUGAGUGAUGUACUUUAGCAUGUAUCUUUCAUAUUUGUAUAUCCGAAUUUGAACUGCAUUCCAAUUUUGCUUUAGGUUAUUUCAUAUUCAAAAUUUAUUAUAUAGACUAUGGUCUUCAGAGUGUAAAUUUGUUUUGUUUAAAAAACUAAUUGGCAUGUAAAUUAAUGUUCAGGUAUUUUUUGUUAUUGAGAAUGUUAAUUUUUCUAUCCAUUUAUUAUCUGAAGCAUGCAAUUCUGGUCUAAGCAAGAGUGAAGAGUCAUCUAAUUCUAUUGAUAUUUUGGAAAAUACUUUAUUUCAAAUUGAUCAUAGGGACUGUAUUGAGCAAGAAUUUAUUUGAUAAUUAAAAAAUAUAUCAGCUAUAACAAAUGAUUUAUUCUGAAAAAAUAAAGGGGAUAAUUUUGAGUAUUGUCAUGGACCUCUUACUGCACUUGUCAAUAUUUACAUUGUAAGGGAACGUUGGUAUCUGAAUGGUGCCUUACAUGUAAUUGUUUUAAUUCCCUUUCAUUUUCGAGGUAUAAUAACAAUUGUAUCAUAUUAUGGUAUGCAUGAUAAGUUUGUUAAUUUUUCCAGUUAUGAUGUUAAAGGGUUAAAUUUUAACAAAAUUCUGGAUUUUUGAACUUGGCUAUUUUCCAGAAACUUCCUGUGAUGGUCAACAUAUGACUGUGUGUUACAGAUUGACAAAAGGAAAAAGUUGGAAAACUAUGUUUACUAGCUAACAUCACAUGAUAAUUUGCUCCAUAAAUAUACUUUAAUUUUUGUUUAUGAAGUUUUUAAAGUAAAAUGAGGCAUUAAUACUACUGAAAUUGAACAAAAUAUGGGCAAAACCACAGUUUUUGGAAAAUUCAAAUUCAGUUUAUUUUCUAAUUCCAACACGGAUUUUUUUCUUGUAUCAGUUUUCAAGAUCAUAAUACCUUCCUUAUUAACUAUUAAUUAUUAAAAUAUGGUUCUAAUUACAAUUUUUUUAAUUUUUUACCCCUUAAAGGUUGUAGAAAGUCUGGAUUUUGAGUAAAAUCUAGUUUUUGAAAAUCUCAAUUAUGCUUAUAAAUUUUCGAAUUCCAGCAUGGAUAUUUUUCUUGUAUCAGUUUUUAAGAUCAUUAGACCUUUCUUUUUAACCCUUAACUUUGAAAUGUGGUUAUGAUUGCAAUUUCCUAUUUUGUACACCCUAAAAGGUUGUAAAAAGUGUAGAUUUUGGGUAAAAUUCAGUUUUUGAAAAAUUCAAAUGAAGAUUUUUUUUGGA